AUGUUUUAAUUCAAAAAGAUAGCCAAAUUGCCCCUGAUUCUAAUUCAAUAUGAAUUAGAAAGGGAGUUUCUAUAAGAAGAAAUGUAUUGUUGUCCAUCGUAAUAGUAUUUGAUCAUCAUCUUAGAUGCCAAAAAAUAUGUGCAGAUAGUGUACAUCAAAUGAAUAUUUUGUUAUUAUUGUAGAAAUUGUGGAGAUGUUUAAAUUACAAGUGA